AGAUCUUGCUCCGGCGUUACCUUUCUUUCGUUAAUUCGCGUCAAGUGCAGAGAGUUGGAGCUCGGCACCACCUACUCAGUCCAACGGAAGCACAACACUCACCAUGCCACUCCCUCAAUGGUCAGGCGCACGCCCAGACGCCCUAUCUCCCACGUCCAACCAAACGCUCUUCGCCCCAUCCUCUCCACCCUCACCUCCACUCCCGCACGCGCCGCUCCCCACCUCGCUCCUCCCAUCUCUCCAGCUCCCGCGUCCUCGCGCCUCGCCCGCCGCCGAACCUGCCUUUAUACCCGGGUUGCGCUCGCAGGGCAAUGGCGACGCAUCACCGGCGGCUGAACCCUCUUUUGUAUCGGGACUCAACUCGGAGGGGAAUGGCGAGGAAGGGAGGGUACGUGGGGUUCAUGAAAUCGCGGAGGAAACUAAAGGGUUGCUGGAUGGAGCGUUGAAGUCGAGGGUGUUGACGCCUUCGAAGGUGGAGAAUGUCUUCUCCAAAAUCACACCAACCCGUCUCCGCCAACCGCCCCUCCGCGCCCCGAUUUCUAUCGAGAACUUUCAGCCCGCCGAAGAAAGCCGCUUGAACAGGAAAGAUGUCAAUAGCCUGUUGGAGGACCGACCGGCGUGGGAUGCCGAUUUUCAUGUGAAUAGGAAGGAUUUUAGUAAGCCGAAGCCUGGGGUGACGCUGUCUCCGGGUGUGGGUGGGUCGCCGACGAUGAGUAGGUUGCCGCAGCCGGCUGGAGGGGGUGCGAGACAAUUUGGCAGUGUGUCAGAAAUGAGGGCACACAUUCAAAGCCCGCAGUCCGCGCACCACAAAAGCGAGGUCCACUCUCCGUCUCCGUUGGGAAGCAGUGCAAAGCGAGAAGAUAAAGCCGCGGAACUGAGUAAGACGUGCGAGGUUCUUGCCCAGAAGGCGGUGGAUUUGCAGAAGGAGGUUUCGGAGCGCGAUCAGAAGAUUAGGGAUCUAGUAAACCAGCUGCGUCUCGAAAAGGAAAAAGUGAAGCAGAUGGAAGAGGACCAUGCCACGCAUCAGGAAAAGGUAUUGAACGCUUGGAGUGAGGAAUUCGAGAAAGGAAAGGCACUCGGCAAGGAACUAGAAGAGGUCACAGCACGCUAUGCAGAGUUAGCCACCACCGUCGUCGAAAUUGAGUCGGUCCUGCAUUCCAUCAAAGCAGAUGUGGAUAUCGUUGAAGGGGUGUUGACUGAGAGCCAGAAGCGCGCCCUCCGCCGUCUCUUGGAUGGUGGCAGGGACGAUGGCGAGGGUGGGGAUGAAGUGGACGCCUACAGCCGCGGCGACCCGCUCGGCGAUCGGAGCUCCUCCAUAAAAGUCGAAGAUGCAGCCGAUACCAACAGCGAUGACUGUCCCUAUCGCUGGAUGAGGGAGCAUCCGAGUCCCACAGAGGCCGACAACCGAGAACUCGCCCGUCGCCUUCGUCUCGGACGUGACGAGGGGAAAAAGAUCAACGAUCACCAUGCACCUGCAGAAGCAUUGGCCGAUGAAAUGGAAAGCAGCGGCUCUCUCACCGGCAAAAUAACUCCUUUUGGAAGCACGGAGGGUCAUUCGAUCGGGGAAGGUUUUGUUACUCAGCUGCGGGACCGGAUCGCCGCGCUGGAAGUUGUGGUGCGGGAGAAGGCGGCUAUGCUUGGGGGGAAAUGAGUCGUCUGGGAGUCUUUGGGCGGUAAUGGCAGGGGGAGGAGAUAUUGCGCCGGAGGGUCGGGGUAUAUGGUUUUGAAAGAAAGUUUCUGAGUGGGAUUUGGCAGCUUUUGAGCGGCCUUUGAGGUGAUGCUGGGAGUAUGGGAAGGUGGUACGAAGCGAACGAACAUUUGGGUGGUGUGCUUACAGUGAUAUAAAGGGUCGGGCCAGUGGCGGGCCUCGUCUUUGGUUCAGGGCGAUGUGUUUGCGAACGUGGGCCGAGAUCGUACACAUG